GAGAAACUCAUCCCUAUUUAUGUUGCAGUAGCCAGCAUGCGGCGUGUGCCACGGAAGUGAGGCUCAACUCACGAGCAACGUGCAGACAUGUCGGAGUACAUUCACCGUUGUGCUACCCAAGUAGACGUCCUUGUAACUUUGUACAGACCAAGCCGCCACAAAACCAAGAAUAUCGACGAGGACAUGGCUGUUGCGUCAACUUCGUAAGUAAUGGUUUGGUUGGAAAGUGCCGUGAUAGUAUACCGAAAGUCGGCUGCUUGGAAAAUGUACGAUCAUUGGAACGCAGCACUUGCGGAUCGUGACGAGGCUUGCGGAAGUGCGAGUUGAUUGGCGAACGGUCGCUCAGCUGAAGUCGUGGCUCCAAUGUCAUCCGUGACGGGCCGUGAGAUGCUUUUCGCAAAGUUGAACCGCACCAUCGACGUCGAGUGAUCGUCACCAUCCAAGCACCUUUUUCCACGGCGACUGUUGCAGUACUUCGAAGUUGAAGCCGCAGCCAUGUCGUCGCGCUCGUCGCGCUGGUCGCGGCUGCUCCACAGGCCCCGCAGCCGAGUAUCGUCAACACCCCGGCCAUCUCCACAAUCCAGCGCAUCUCUUGAAACAUCCGCGCCGCAAGCCAGCACAGCAAACGCUGUGCCUGCCGCAGUCUCCGAACCCUGUCCCCAGGGCUUGGGGAUCGUCGCGGAGGGCAUCAACCCUACAGUAGAUAUCAUCGCCGUCCAUGGCCUCAACGGCCACCGCGAGAAGACCUGGACCGCGAGCAAUGGUGUCCACUGGCUCCGCGAUCUCUUGCCGCACGACAUCCCUCACGCCCGCAUCUUCUGCUGGGGCUACGAUGCCAACACCCAUGCCAGCUCCCGAGUCAGCUGCCAAUACCUCUACGACCAUGCGCGAACGCUCAUAUCCGACCUGUGUAGGAAGCGGAAGUUGUCCGAUUCGAUGGAACGCCCGAUCAUCUUUGUGGCGCACAGCCUAGGCGGCAUUGUCGUGAAGAGCGCUCUCAUUCAUUCGGAUGCCGCUCGACGAGGUGCGCUGGAGGAGCACCGUUCCAUCAAGGUCUCCACCUAUGGAGUCGUCUUCAUGGGCACGCCGCACCAGGGCGGUAACGGCGUCCAGCUUGGGAGGCUGCUGGUGAACGUUGCGUCCCUGUUUGUGGCUGCGGAUGACCGGAUCCUGAGGCACCUCGAACGGGACUCGGAGUGGCUUCAGCAGCAGCUAGGCCAGUACGGACCGAUCAGCGGCGAUUUCGUGACUAAGUUUGCGUCCGAAGAGUACGAGACUCCGAUGGCAUUUGGUCACUCUAUCAUGGUUGUACCCCGCGCGUCCGCCGUAGUGCCGGGCCAGGCGGACGCCGAAUCGAUUGUCAUACACGCGGACCAUACCAACAUGGUCAGAUACACGUCGCGAGGGGACAGCGGGUACAAUAUUAUUUCCGAAUACCUCCAGAUCAUGGCAAGCGCUGCGUCCGAAGAGGUUCGGCGGCGCUGGGAGGCGGAGAGGAGGGCGGACGAGGCGCAUCUCGGUCAUCCAAGUGCAGCAUUUGGAAUGCACUUCAGCCUGCCUGAAAUCAAUGAGGUCCACCAUUUCGUCGCAAGGGAGGAAGAGCUCGCCGGGAUCCACAGGGUACUCGGCGAAGGCAGCGGCAGACGCAUCGUCGUGGUACAUGGGCUGGGAGGAAUGGGCAAGACGCAGUUAGCCGCGGCUUACGCCAAACGGCACCGGGAGGACUACUCAGCGGUGUUCUGGCUAAAUGCCAGAGACGAGACAUCGCUAAGGCAGGGGUUCGCGAGGGUCGCCGACCGCGUCUUCCGCGAACAUCCGUCGGUCGUCUACGUAAGGAAUGCGGCAGAGAGCCGCGACCUCAACGAAGCGGUGCAGGCUGUCAAACGGUGGCUCGAUAACAACAAGAACGACCGCUGGCUGGUUAUCUACGACAAUUACGACAAUCCGAGGCUGGGCGGAGGCGGAGACUCUGGGCCAAACGAGGGACGGGGCGGGGGAUUGGAGGGUGAUAGAGAUGCGAAUAUCGCCGAAGGGUACGAUAUUCGGCCGUUUCUUCCCGACGCUCAUCACGGCGCUAUCGUCAUCACGACGCGGUCAUCCAGAGUUACGGUCGGCCAUCGCAUCCCACUUAGGAAGCUCAAAGACCUGGAGGACAGCCUUGAGAUUUUAGCUUACACCUCGAACAGACACGAUUUACGUAAGGAUGCCGCUGCAGUUCAACUUGCCCGGAAACUCGACGGGCUCCCGCUUGCCCUGUCGACCGCCGGCGCCUAUCUCGAUAACGUAGCGACGAGUUUCGCCGAGUACCUCGAGAUGUACCGAAAGUCUUGGCUCCGCCUGCAGAAGACUACCCCAGGACUCCUCUCGUAUGAAGACCGGGCACUGUACUCCACAUGGGACAUCUCAUACGCGCAGGUAGAGCAGCAGAACAUGACGUCGGCGAGGCUACUGCAGCUCUGGGCGUACUUCGGCAACGAGGAUCUGUGGUUCGAACUGCUGCUCGGUGGCCGCUCGAGCAGCCCGCAAUGGUUUCGGGAACUGACGGGGGACAUGCUCGGCUUUACCGAUGCGGUUCGAGUGCUGUGCGACUACGGACUGGUCGAGGCGGAUACGUCGUUGAAGGAACGGGGAACCGAGUCGCGUGGGUACGGCAUGCAUGGCUGCGUACACUCAUGGACGAUACACGUGUUGAACGAGGUGAGGAACAUCGAAAUGGCGCAGCUGGCGAUGAGGUGCGUUGGGUUGCAUGUGCCGACGAACAUGGAGCGCGAUUACUGGGUCGUGCAACGGCGGUUGAUGCAACACGCCGACCGCUGUUUAGAGAUGGUAGUGAUGGACAGGGUAUCUAUUUUGGAAGGGGACGAGUGGGUUUUACAUAACCUAGGCGACUUUUAUACGUCUCAGGGCCGGCUUAGCGACGCACAGGCGAUGUACGAGCGGGCACUCCAAAGCAAGGAGAAGGCGCUGGGACCGGAACAUACAUCGACGCAUUCCACGGUCAACAAUCUCGGCCUUCUCUAUAAGGCUCAGGGCCGGCUCAGCGACGCCGAGGCCAUGUACGAGCGGGCACUCCGAGGCUCCGAGAAGGUGCUAAGACCGGAACAUACGUCGACGCUUAUCACGGUCAACAAUCUCGGCGACCUCUAUGCAGAUCAAGGCCGGUUCAGCGACGCCGAGGCUAUGUACGAGCGGGCACUCCGAGGCAAGGAGAAGGCGCUAGGACCGGAACACACGUCGACGCUUGCCACGGUUAACAAUCUCGGCAACCUCUAUGCCAAUCAGGGCCGGCUCAGCGACGCUGAGGUCUUGUACAAGCGGGCACUCCAAGGCUACAAGAAGGCGCUGGGGCCGGAACACACGUCAACGCUAGACACGGUCAACAAUCUCGGCCUUCUCUAUGCCGAUCAGGGCCGGCUCAGCGACGCUGAGGCUAUGUACGAGCGGGCGCUCCAAGGCAGGGAGAAGGCGCUGGGGACGGAACACACGUCAACGCUAGACACGGUCAACAAUCUCGGCCUUCUCUAUGCCGAUCAGGGCCGGCUCAGCGACGCUGAGGCUAUGUACGAGCGGGCGCUCCGAGGCAGGGAGAAGGCGCUGGGGCCGGAACACACGUCAACGCUAGACACGGUCAACAAUCUCGGCCUUCUCUAUGCCGAUCAGGGCCGGCUCAGCGACGCUGAGGCUAUGUACGAGCGGGCGCUCCGAGGCAGGGAGAAGGCGCUUGGAUCGGAACACACGUUGACGCUUUCCACGGUCAACAAUCUCGGCCGUCUCUAUGCAUAUCAAGGCCGGCUCAGCGACGCCGAGGUUAUGUACAAGCGGGCACUCCGAGGUUACGAGAAGGUGCUGGGACCGGAACAGGUCAAUCUCUAUAUUCCGGCCCUCAACACGAUCCUGAAUCUUGCCAUCAUAUAUUCUCGGCUGCACAACAUUUCUGAAUCUAGGGUGUUGUAUCUGCGUUGUCAGGGCGGCAUCAAAGCUGUGUUUGGCGUUCAGCACGAUUGGUACCAGGAGGUGACUCGCAGGUUGGCAUCAUUAAAUUUGGAUCAAUACUAGCCCUAUUUUCAGAGUCUAUAAUGAUCGGUUGUAAUGUAAAUCUCCUUGCCCUCAAUCUGCA